CGGCGGCCGCCUCGGGAGCGACGGGAGGGAACAUGGCGGCGCCGGGAGCGCGGAGCUGCAGCCUCUCGGGCCUGCUGCCGGCCCAGACCUCGCUGGAGUACGCCCUGCUCGACGCCGUCACCCAGCAGGAGAAAGACAGCCUGGUCUACCAGUAUCUGCAGAAGGUGGACGGCUGGGAGCGGGACUUGUCAGUGCCCGAGUUUCCGGAAGGAUUGGAAUGGCUGAACACCGAAGGACCUAUUUCUAUCUACAAGGAUCUACGUGGAAAAGUAGUCGUCCUUGAUUUUUUCACCUACUGCUGCAUAAACUGUAUUCACCUGUUGCCUGAUCUCCACUCAUUAGAACACACAUACUCUGAUAAAGAUGGUCUUCUGGUGGUGGGUGUUCACUCAGCAAAGUUCCCGAAUGAAAAAGUCCUGGACAACAUCAAGAGUGCCGUUCUUCGCUACAACAUCACGCACCCUGUGGUCAACGACGCGGAUGCCACCCUUUGGCAGGAGCUGGAAGUCUCCUGCUGGCCGACCCUGGUCAUACUUGGACCCCGGGGAAACAUGCUGUUUUCUUUGAUGGGAGAGGGACACAAGGACAAAUUGCUGUUGUACACUUCAACAGCUUUGAAGUAUUACAAAGACAGGGGCCAGAUCAGAGAUGCAAGGAUUGGAAUAAAACUCUACAAGGACUCUUUGCCCCCUUCCCCGUUGCUCUUUCCUGGCAAAGUAACGGUAGAUGAUGAGAGCGACAGAUUAGUCAUAGCAGACAGUGGGCAUCAUCGGAUUGUGGUUGUUGGGAAGAAUGGACAGAUCCAGUAUAGCAUUGGAGGACCUAACCCUGGAAGAAAAGAUGGAACAUUUUCAGAAUCAACUUUCAAUUCACCACAGGGUGUCGCCAUAAAGAAUAAUACGAUCUAUGUGGCAGAUACCGAAAACCACCUGAUAAGAAAGAUCGACCUGGAUGCUGAGCUGGUGAGCACAGUGGCCGGCAUUGGGAUCCAAGGCACAGACAGAGACGGAGGAGCCACAGGAGAAGAGCAGCCCAUCAGUUCCCCCUGGGAUGUCGUUUUUGGAACAUCAGCUGCAGAGGCCCAUAGAAGUGACAUUCUGUGGAUCGCCAUGGCAGGGACUCAUCAGAUUUGGGCCCUCCUCCUGGACUGUGGCAAACUACCAAAGAAAAAUGAGUUAAAGAAAGGAACCUGCCUUCGAUUUGCUGGAAGUGGGAAUGAAGAGAAUCGAAACAAUGCGUACCCGCACAAGGCAGGCUUCGCCCAGCCUUCGGGCCUCUCUGUGGCCACCGAGGAGCCCUGGGCCUGCCUGUUUGUGGCGGACAGUGAGAGCAGCACGGUGAGGACCGUCUCACUGAAGGACGGAGCGGUGAAGCACCUCGCAGGCGGAGAGAGAGACCCCAUGAAUUUAUUCGCCUUUGGUGAUGUUGAUGGUGUAGGAGUCACUGCAAAGCUUCAGCACCCCCUUGGAGUGGCAUGGAACAGGAAAAGGAGUUUGCUUUAUGUGGCCGACUCCUACAACCACAAGAUUAAAGUUGUGGAUCCCAAAACAAAACACUGUUCAACAUUAGCAGGAACAGGAGAUGCAAGUAAUGUCAUCGGUCCCAGUUUCUCAGAGUCAACCUUUAAUGAACCAGGAGGCCUGUGUAUUGGAGAGAAUGGACGGUUAUUAUAUGUAGCGGACACAAAUAAUCAUCAAAUUAAAGUGAUGGAUUUAGAAACAAAAACCAUUUCUGUGCUCCCUGUUGUCAGAUCUGAAAAUGCUGUGGUAGAUGGCCCAUUCGUGUUAGACAAACAGAAGACAAGACCUAAGUUGCCCAAAUCUGCUCCAAACAUUUGUCUUUCCCCAGUGACGGCAUCUCCAGGCCAGACUCUGCAGUUCACGCUGAGAUUAGAGCUCCCGUCAGGCUCAAAGCUGACCGAGGGCGUGAGCAGUUGUUGGUUUCUGACUGCUGAAGGCAACGAAUGGCUUUGUGAAGGACAGCCGUCAUCUGGUGACAUUGAGAGCAUUUGCAGUCCACCCGCAAUAUCCCUGCGGGUUCCUGGCGAUUGCUUAUCCCUGGAAGCCGUCGUGUCCAUCAGCGUGUUCCUGUAUUACUGCAGCGCAGACAGCAGUGCCUGCAUGAUGAAGGGCGUUCUGUUCAGCCAGCCUUUACAGAUCACUGAGACCCAGCACAAAGCUUGCCCGGCUCCACUUGAGCUCAGAUACGUGUUUUAGCAAGCCGCGCAUCCACCGCUGCCGUCCCUCGUCCUCACGGUCCCUGGGACUUAGGACAAGCUUGCUUUCUGCUUCUGUGAUACCAAGAAACCCAUUUCUGAGUUCCAGCAGCGAAUAGUCAAGUAAAACCCUGCUCCUUUUUCACUUAUUUAUUACCAGAAAAUUCCUUCAUUCUGGCUGUGGACCAGCCAAGUCUUGAUCUUCAUUUGGACCACAAUUUUGUAAUCUCGGCUUCUAUUUGGCACAAGUAUCGUAUAAAGUAUUAACCUAAGAUCAUUUGCAGUGAAUACUGAUAUUGAUACCAAAUAUUUUAACUUGACUUUUUGUACCUUUAUUAAGAACUAUCAGUGCAUUUGGGUGUCUAAAUUUCACAAGCUGUAAACAGAGCCUAGGAUCUGGGCCAUUGUUAUUGAAGGGCAACUGCCAUUUGAGGCUUGAGGUCUGUUUUAAGCCACCGUGUGUGUGUGUGUGUGUGUGUGUGUGUGUG